ACACUACAACAGUAUAGAAUGGGGACAAGUGGAGGACAUAUUUAACAUACAGAGUGGGUACAACAACACAUAUCCUAGCGGGCGUAGACUGAUACAAAGGGGUGGUAACAAUAACCGUCUCAGAAUAGGAUAGCAAGGAUUGAGGCGCAAUGAAAAUCCGCCAUCCUGCAGAAAGUAUCUGGCGUUCGUGUGCUUCGGAUCGAAAAUUUUAAUAAAGAAAGUGUUCCUUGAAAGUUUUUAAAGUGAGUGGUGAAGUGAUACGGGAUAGAUAGUUGUUCAAUCAGGACCUUUUGUGGUACCUUACGGUACUCCACCGCCAUUUUGUACACCAACUCGUAGAGUUGGUGAAGCACACGACUCGGCCUAGUGGUCCCUAGUUGGCCACUACGCCUAAAGCGUAAAAGAGAGUAACCCCGCUCUGGUCUUGCGAGGCCAUAAUCGUUAAGGAGCGAAUUCCUCGGGCCCCGAAAGGCGCCCUAACCGCCAAAGAGGACCCCUCUCGGCAGAGUCAAUCCGGCCUUGUCCUGGGCUCUGUCGAUCUUCGAAAAAGAGGGAAGACGCCAGUGAGACAGACAGAUCGCACCGUCAAGCCAAGACGAUCUGUUCGCACGAUCCACCAAGCUAUUACGACCACCAAAUCACCACCACAAGCCGUCGAUCCGCCGGCGGACAGGCAGUCCAGCCCGCUACAGCAUCGGCAAGCGCUCGACCACCAACCAAUACACCAGGCCAAGCACAACCAACAGCAGCAGUACCGGUACGUCCUCAAUUUCUCAAUGAAACACCCACUCUACACCCACAAUCUACAAUAGUUUCCAAUAAAUACCACCCACACCAUUAAAGUAGUAAAUUUGCAAUAAAACCAAUAGUUUCAAUUCCAUAGUUCCAUAUUUGUAAUACCAUAACCCAAGUAAGGUGACAGUGUCUGCACGUUGGUCGUGAAGCCCCUCCGAUUGCCCAGUAGUAAGCCGACCUUGAGACACAGCUCCAAGGGUCACUUGCUGCUGCAGUUUUACCGCGAGUUUUGCCCGGGUAACACUUGGCGCCCAACUACAACACACGAAAGGUAAUCGGAGGAUUGUGUAGAAUUUAAAAAUCUGAAGAUUUUUUAACAGGCGGCAGGAGAGUACGCAAACUGUCGGUUAGCGUAGGAUCCGUGCACUUUGCAACACCGCUCGAAACAUAUUAGGAACUUUUUUUAAAUUGAAAGACAGUGGCCAGUUUGGUGAGUCGGAAAAGAGCGCUAAAGCUUUUGCGCCAAAGAAAAAUUAGUUAAAAUUUCUAAAAUUGAACUUCGACAAAUAACACGAUUAGAAUAAAUAACUAAAUUGAUAAAGGUCCUGAAUUGAACAUCAAAAUACACAAAACACAAAAUCUACUACAUUUAUUUUCGUUUGAUUUUCUAGUUUAAGUUGUUAGUGAAUUUUUCUGUAAAUAUUUUAUUGCGUUUUUAUUUUUGAACUUUGAACUUUUUCCUAGUGUUAGUGUAACUGAAUUGAAUUUUAUUUGCUUUUUUAAAAUGGAUUUCCAAUCGUUGCUUUUACAAUAUCGUUCGAUGAACACUGAUCAUCUGCUCGAUGACGAGUUGGAGUAUGAACUGGUCAUUCGCGGAGUUGAAUACUCAAGCGGGGAAUCGCGUGACCUGAAGAAACGGAAAUUGCGGCACAAGCUGAAAGAGCAACGCGAAAUUAGUGAUUUUUCAAUGGAAGUGAUAGAUUCUGAGGAAGGAUGCAAGAAAGAGCUGAUGCAGGUAAAGGAGAAGUUGACCAAGAUCCGCGAUAAGCUUGAGAACAGUAGGACGAAGAAAACCGAUAUGUCGGCAGUGCAAACCAGGUUGAUUCACCUGUACUACCGAUCGGAUAGGCUGAAGGAUAUGGUAGAUGUAAAAGGGUUAGAAGACGAGGUUUUGAGGCUGUUGAGUUCCUCACGGAACGAAAGUCGUGAUGCAGGUCAAACUGUAGACGACAGAAUCAGUAGGAAUCUGAUGGGUCUUAGUAUCCAAGAAAAUGACGACCCCGGUGAUGUAGAUUGGCAGGAGGAAGACUAUUCAAGUGGAAGUACUCGCGAAGAUAAACGGAAAAAGAAAGUAGGCAGAAAGAAGAGGAUUGGCAAGAAGGCGAAAGCGAAAGCGAUUAGCCCAAAGAAAAAGAUUAGUAAAGCGAAAAGUGUAGGGAAGUCUGAAGAAAUGCUUAAGAAGUUGAUUGAUCAUGUGGACAGCUACAUUGAGGAACGACUAAGCAGAAUGAGCGAGGAAAGGGAUAGAAAAUCGUCCGGGUCUGUCGAAUCACACGAAGAUGUACAUCACGUAGUCCAGUUAGGCAAGAAAAUGGGAAGUAGGGAAGAGAAAAAGCAGCUUCAAAAGGAAAGGUUUGUCGACAGCGAGAUUGAAGAGGAAAGUGUUUCGGAAGCGGAGUCAGGAAGCUCGCGAGGACUCAGGCGUAGACCUCGGUCAGUAGCAGAUUGGAAACUGCGAUACGACGGGAAGGACGAUGGGAAGAAGCCGAACAAGUUCAUCGAAGAGGUGGAAUUCAUGGCGGAAGCGGAGGGCCUGAGUAAACGGAUGUUGUUCAGCGAGGCCAUUCACCUGUUUGCGGGAGAUGCCAGGACGUGGUACAUGGACGGCAAAAGGAACAGGGAUUUCUGCAACUGGGGCGAGCUUGUUGCGGAAUUGAAGUUGGAGUUUCAGCCUCCGGAUAUGGACUUCCACUACGAGCAACAGGCUGCGCAGCGGAGACAAAGGCGUGCUGAGAAGUUCCAGGACUACUACAAUGCGGUAGUCGAAAUCUUCCGCUACAUGGCUGUUCCGCCGUCGGAGGAAAGGCAGUUCGACAUCGUCUUCCGCAACCUUCGGUCCGACUACAAAAACGUGUUGGUUGUGAAAGGAGUCCGGACCUUGAAAGCCCUUCGACAGUGGGGAAGGAAGCUGGACUCGGUCAACAUGUGGAUGUACAGGGGCAGAGACCAGGAAUCUACGCAGAAACCGGCUCAGGUGCAUGAAGUUUCAGCGAAACCAUUCCAGAGUAGGAACCAGUCCGGUGGAAAAACCGGGAAGGCAUCAGAUCCACCUCAAGGUAGUAGAGAGCAGAAUCGUCCGAGCUGGAAAAGAACUCCGGAUAAACCAGGAUCAUUCCCACCGAGGAAGCAGAGUGCUCCAGCCGACGAAGAAUGUAAGGAAAGUCAACCGGAAUCAAGCAGGCAGGCGUUGGAAAAACGAGUCGCGGAGUACAAGGUUCCGGAUAGGACAACGUGAUUUAACUGCAGAGGAAAGUUCCACUACCAUUCAGCGUGUUUAGCUCCGAAGGAAGUCUUUUGUACCGUUUGUGGCUUCCACAAUUAUAGGAGGGACAAUUGCCCAUAUUGUGCAAAAAACCCGAAAGGAUCGGCGUAGGAGGUCGUCGAGUCCCAUUGAAAAAGCCUCCGACAGUAUUCGUUCCAUAUUGCUCGGAUGUUAGUGAGUUGCUCGUGGAGGUAGAAGGAGAUAAUCGGCCAUUUGCAGGUGUAGCUGUGUUGGGUUUGCGAUUAGUGGGAUUAUUGGACAGCGGAGCGCAGGUAUCCAUCCUAGGAACCGGUAGUGAGAGUUUGAUUCGAAAGCUGAAGUUGAAGGUUUUCAGCACCGAAACGAAGGUUACAACAGCGGGAGGAAAUCAGUUGGCAGUUAAAGGCUACGUGAACCUGCCAGUAACUUUUGAAGGUCAAACGCGGAUUCUCACUACAUUGGUGGCUCCUU